AUGCUGUUGAUGGUUUCUGCUGAAUAUCUUGUGUUCUGCUAUUUAGGAACAUUGCUUGACGGGAAACCCAUAAUUAAUAUACCUCCAAAGAAACUUAACUUGAGCCAGGUAGACUUUUCAGUGGAGGAGCGAUCUUUUUACAUGAGGCUUCAGGAAGGUUCACGAUCACAAUUCAAGGACGAUAAAAGAAAAAUGGCUGCAUCUGCGUUCGGUGAAGAUCAUGGUGGAAGCUCUGCGACUCGGCUGACAGUCGACGAUCUCAAUUAUCUAUGGUCUGUGCGUAGCCUUCCAUUCGCUGCUUGA